UCUGCAUAAUUCCAAAUAUUCACAAUGUACCAGCUAUUGUAAAUUUACUACCCAUGUAAACAUUUCUUUUAAUUUCAAUGUUGCAAGGUGCUCUAGAGACAGUGUUUAUACUUGUAGUGGCAGUAGUUUUACUCUCUGGUGCUAUUCAAUUCAAGUUUGUAUGUUUAUACAUAUACGUAGGAAAUUGGACCAAUUAUGUGGUACGUAUGGAAUAUGAAUGGAAAAGCCAUUUCCACCUAACACUGCAAAAUCUUGCAAUCCAAGUCUCAUCCUAGUGGAUCUCAUAUUUUACAUUAAAUUAAGGAACCAAAGCAUCUUUCAUUCUUACUUAGGCUUCCAUUCCAAUUCAAGCAUUACUAAACUGCAAGACAAAGCAAAAAGUACAGGGCCAGGAACGGGAAAAAUAGAAAUUGAAGAUUUUUUUUUCUUUUUCCGGGUAUUGGGUUUAUUUGAUUGUUUAUGAAAUUCAUUUGAUCCCAAAGUUUGGAUAAUGAUAAUAAUAAUAAUAAUAUAUCCAAAUGAAGGAUCUGUGGGAGGGAAAUUUUGUGGUUGGCCCGUGUUAUCCGUAGCCUUCACUCACAAAUUUGCUGAGCAAGAGGGUAUAUAAUGAAGAGGUUCUCUUGCUGCUGCUUCACAAGAAGAAUCUCUAAGUUUAACUCUCACCGGAAGCACAACCAACCUCAGUCUCAGAUCAUGGCAGGAAACUCCUCUGAUCCAAGUGGCAACAAGACUGCUAAUAUUUUAAUUAAUCAUGACUUCUGUAGUGGGCUGAACUCAUGGCAUCUCAAUAACUGCAAUGGCUAUGUAAUUUCAGCUGAAACAGGUACUCAAGGAGGAACUUCAAUGAAGUCUGAUGGCAAUUAUGCUGUUAUUACUGACCGAAAGGAAUGCUGGCAAGGCCUUGAGCAAGACAUCACAGACAGAAUUUCCAUUGGUUCCACUUACACAGUUUCGGCUUGUGUGGGUGUAUCCGGGCUUUCUCAGGGACACAGUGAUGUUCUAGCUACUCUGAAACUAGAAUAUCACAAUUCAGCUACUAGUUACUUGUUCAUUGGAAGAACUUCUGUUAAUAAAGAUAGCUGGGAAAAGUUGGAAGGGACAUUCUCAUUGUCAACAAUGCCUGAUCGGGUUAUAUUUUAUUUGGAAGGACCUGCUCCUGGAGUUGACCUGCUUAUACGAUCAGUAGAGAUCAACUGUUCCAGUUCAAACAAUAAUGCCACAAGCACAGGAUGUGUUUCAGCUGGAGAUGACAAUAUCAUCAUUAACCCCCAAUUUGAUGAUGGCCUGAAUAACUGGUCUGGAAGAGGCUGCAAGAUUAUGUUGCACGAUUCCAUGAAUGGUGGGAAAAUUGUUCCCAAGUCUGGGAAAUUCUUUGCAUCUGCAACAGAACGCACACAGAACUGGAAUGGAAUUCAGCAAGAGAUCACUGGACGCGUGCAGCGCAAGCUGGCCUAUGAGGUCACUGCUUUAGUUAGAAUAUUUGGAAACAAUGUCUCUACUGCUGAUGUACGGGCUACUUUGUGGGUCCAAACACCGGAUCUUCGAGAGCAAUAUAUAGGCAUUGCAAGUGUGCAGGCAACAGAUAAAGAUUGGGUUACAAUGCAGGGAAAAUUCCUUCUAAAUGGUUCUCCAUCAAAAGUAGUCCUUUAUUUGGAAGGGCCCCCUCCAAGCACUGACAUUCUUCUGAAUAAUUUGGUUUUAAAGCAUGCAGCUAAAACACCUCCUUCAACCCCACCUGAUGUAAAGAAUGUUGCUUUUGGUGUUAAUAUAAUUGAGAACAGCAGUCUGGCUGAUAACACCAAUGGUUGGUUUCCCCUUGGCAAUUGCACUUUAAGUGUUAAAACUGGCUCUCCACAUAUAAUUCCACCAAUGGCAAGAGAUUCUCUUGGUCCUCAUGAACUCCUAAGUGGGCGCUACAUCCUUGUAACUAAUCGAACACAGACAUGGAUGGGUCCUGCUCAGGUAAUCACUGAUAAAGUGAAACUAUUUGUGACUUAUCAAGUGUCUGCUUGGGUCCGGAUUCGCUCAGGAGCAUCAGGGCCACAGAAUGUGAAUGUUGCCCUUGGUGUGGACAAUCAGUGGGUCAAUGGAGGACAAACUGAGGUUUAUGAUGACAUGUGGCAUGAAAUUGGUGGAUCUUUUAGAAUUGAAAAGCAGCCAUCAAAGGUUAUGGUUUAUGUCCAAGGUCCUGCUUCUGGUGUGGACUUAAUGGUAGCUGGACUUCAAAUUUUUCCCGUGGAUAGACAUGCAAGAUUUAGAUAUUUAAAGAUCCAAACAGAUAAGAUCCGUAAACGUGAUGUUAUCCUGAAAUUCUCUGGGCUGGACUCUGGCAGCUAUGCUAACACCUCAGUUCAAGUUAGACAAACACAGAAUGAUUUCCCAAUUGGAUCAUGCAUCAGUAGAACAAACAUUGACAAUGAAGACUUUGUUGACUUCAUGGCGAAGCAUUUUAACUGGGCUGUGUUUGGAAACGAGUUGAAGUGGUAUUGGACUGAGCCACAACAAGGGAAUUUGAAUUACAAGGAUGCUGAUGAUCUGUUAACCUUGUGUCAGAAGCACAAGAUACAAACUAGAGGUCAUUGUAUCUUCUGGGAAGUGGAUGGAACCGUUCAGCAGUGGGUCAAAUCACUGAACAACAAUGACUUGAUGACGGCAGUCCAAAACCGCUUAAACGGCCUGCUGACUCGCUACAAGGGCAAGUUCAGUCACUAUGAUGUUAACAACGAAAUGCUGCAUGGUUCAUUCUACCAAGACAGGCUAGGAAAGGAUAUAAGGGCAAACAUGUUCAAGACUGCAAACCAACUAGACCCUUCUGCUACAUUGUUUGUGAAUGAUUACCAUGUUGAAGACGGAUGCGACACCAAAUCAUGUCCAGAUAAGUACAUCCAUCAUAUUCUUGAUUUGCAAGAGCAAGGUGCCCCAGUUGGGGGAAUUGGAAUUCAAGGCCACAUAGACAGUCCAAUAGGGCCUGUUGUUUCUUCUUCACUUGACAAGUUAGGUGUUCUUGGCCUACCUAUAUGGUUUACUGAGCUUGAUGUGUCUUCCAUCAAUGAAUAUGUUAGAGGAGAUGAUCUCGAAGUUAUGCUACGUGAAGCAAUGGCUCAUCCUGCUGUGGAAGGCAUAAUGCUGUGGGGAUUUUGGGAGUUGUUUAUGAGUAGGGACAAUGCACACUUGGUGAAUGCUGAAGGUGACAUCAAUGAAGCUGGGAAAAGGUUCUUAGCUCUGAAGCAAGAGUGGCUGUCUCACAGCCGUGGCCAUGUUGAUGAGCAAGGUCAAUACAACUUCAGAGGCUUUCAUGGAACAUACAAUGUGCAAGUUGUGACCCCAACAAAGAAGAUUUCCAAGACAUUUGUGCUUGACAAAGGUGACUCGCCACUUGUGGUAUCCAUUGAUUUAUAAGCAUGCUGCUUCAUCCCAGAAAUAAUAUCACUACUUUUAUAUA